UCAUCUUUAUAAAAAAGAAAAGAAAAGUGAAUAUCCUUCUCCCAAAUUUCAUGGCGACUUAUAAUCGACCCCUUUGCCUCGCCUCAAUCUCAUCGACAUUCUGCUUUGACUCAAUCACGUCUCUUUAAAACUAAACCCAGCCCUAACUCCACCAUUCUACUCACUUACAUACACACACACAGCUUUACCAGCUGGCCAUGCCACUCUGGUUCACCGCGAUCUCCCUCUCCAGAGAGGACUCCUUCAAUUUUUUGGCUCAACUCCCCGCCUCCUCUCUGAUUCUUUGCAUUUCUUCGCUUUCUUCAAAUGUCCGCGGAUUCUCAUGCCUCUAAUUCAAGGGGCGUUCUCUGUAAUGCUGCCUCCGGUGCCGCUGCCGGAGUUAUUGCUGCUACGUUUGUCUGUCCAUUAGAUGUUAUAAAAACUAGGUUUCAGGUUCAUGGGCUUCCAAAGCUCCGUAACGAAAAUAUUAAAGGUAGUCUUAUAGUUGGUAGUUUGGAACAAAUAUUUCACAAGGAGGGAUUACGUGGUAUGUACCGUGGGCUCUCUCCCACGGUGCUGGCAUUACUUCCUAACUGGGCGGUUUAUUUUACAAUUUAUGAGCAGCUCAAAAGCUUUCUUAACACUGAUGAUGAGAAUCAUCAUCUUUCUAUAGGUGCUAACAUGAUUGCUGCUUCUGGUGCUGGAGCUGCAACGACCAUUACUACAAAUCCUCUUUGGGUUGUGAAGACAAGACUUCAGACCCAAGGAAUGAGAGCAGGUGUGGUACCAUAUCAGAGUACACUGUCUGCUUUAAGAAGAAUAGCUCUUGAGGAGGGUAUUCGUGGGUUGUACAGUGGUCUUGUGCCUGCCUUGGCUGGUAUAAGUCAUGUUGCCAUUCAGUUUCCAACAUAUGAGAAAAUCAAAAUGUAUUUGGCCAGCAAAGAUAACACUACAAUGGAUAAACUGGGCGCACGUGAUGUUGCGGUUGCUUCAUCUGUCUCUAAAAUAUUUGCAUCCACAUUGACUUAUCCACAUGAGGUGGUACGCUCAAGGCUUCAAGAACAAGGCCACCACUCUGAGAAGCGAUACUCAGGUAUGGUUGAUUGUAUUAAGAAAGUGUUUCAUCAAGAAGGUGUCCCAGGUUUUUAUCGUGGGUGUGCAACCAAUCUUAUCAGGACAACGCCAGCUGCUGUUAUUACAUUUACCAGCUUUGAGAUGAUUCACCGAUUUCUUGUAUCUCUUUAUCCUCCUGAUUCACAGCAGCCUCACACAUUAUGAAGAUAAACCAUACGCUAAGAAGAUAUAGCAUUUGGUAUUAUGCAUCCUCUGACAUGAGAAGGUUAAUCUGACCAGCUGUAAAUUGUUUGGUGAUGACUAUAGUUUCUAUAUUAUUGGCGUAUAAUAACUGUGCCUGGUAGGUUUUAACAACAUUCUCAGAUAUUCUAGUCACUACUCCUUCAUCCGAGGUAGCGUGACAAUUAUGUAUACCAACAGUGAUAAUGACGAUAAGGUACAAUUUAGACGUUUAAGAUUACAACAUUUUUUUCUAAGGAUUGUUGAAUAAAUCUUGAUUGCGGUUCUCCUUGUUUUCUUUG